AUGCGUAUUAAUAUUAUGGAUGAAAUUAAUGAAGAAAUUAUGCUAUUUUUGAAAGAUGAACGUGAUCAAUCUGAUCUUAUUUUUGUUAAAAAGAAUCAUUUUCCAUAUUUACAUCGUUUAGCAUUGAAAGUUUUAUGUGUUCCCGCUACGGCUGCACCUGCUGAACGGGUCUUUUCAAAAAGUGGAUUAUUGAUGAGACCACAUCGAAAUCGACUGUCAAAGGACAUGUUAUCUAAAUUAACAUUUAUUAAAUGUAAUCUUGACUUGUUGAACUGA